AAAAAAAAAAAAUGAGCUCUGAGAUUUUAGUGUCAAGGCCACUCUGUGACAGCAGAGCCGUAGCCCUGGGGGUCCCUGACAAAGAGCCUCCCGUGGAGCCGCAGGCCCCGCAACCGUCCGCAGGCUCAGCCACCGCCGGGUACCGCUCAGCUAAAUACACCCCGGCUGAGUGGUUCUCCAACUACCACACCGCCCUCCAACAGGCCAGUGCCGACCACCUGGCAGCCCGGAGCAUCCAGCGAGAGUCCAAAGCUCUGUACCAGGACACCGAGGCAGACACUUUGAAGGCCCAGGGCGAGGGGACACGUCUCCUGGGACAGAGGCUACAGGAGAUCCACUACUGGAAGUCUGAGCUGCAGCAGCACAUCGACCGACUGCUGGCCGACACGGAGUCACUGCUGGCGCUGAAACAGAGGCUGGAGAAGGCGCUGGACGCCACCGAGACUCCGUACGCCAUCGCCACCGAUAAUCUGAACUGCAGGGCCAGAAGACUGGGCCCAGACCUGGUCAGAGACUGUGUGGAGGAGGAGCUGUUAAAGGAAGUGGACUUGAUCAGGAGCGUCCAGGUCCUUCUGAAGAGAACUACAGCUCAGGUUGUCAGUCAGAUCAAGAUGAACAGAGAGGCUAAACAGAUGUUAGAGAUGGACUGGUCUGAUAAGUACCAGGCCUACAACUUUGAUAACCACAGUGGAAGAUACAGUAAUAUGAGCCCGGACACACAGCACCACCCCAGCUCAGCCUCCAUGCAGGACCAGGUGUGUAACUGCACGUCGUGGAUAAAGUUUACACAGGACAACCUGUCCAAGGCUCUGCAGGAAGAACAGGCCACCCACAGUCUCAGACUGCUGGUGGAGCAAGUGCUGCAGGACACCACUGAGGAUCUGAGAGUCCAGUGCUCCAGAGUGGACCAAGCCUUCAGCCAGCACUGUGUGGAGCUGACGGAGGCCAAGAUCCAGCUGGAGAUGAAGCUCGUACAGAUCUUGGAGCAGAUUGGGGCUCAGGAGAGGAACAUCGUGGCCCUGCAGCAGGCCAUCCACAGCAAAGAGGCUCCGCUGAGGGUAGCUCAGUCCAGACUUUACCUCCGCUCGCUCAGGCCCAACAUGGAGCUCUGCAGAGAUCAACCCCAGCUCAGUUUGGAAGAGGAAGUGAGGCAGAUUGAUGCCACUCUGGCAUCUCUGCACCAGCAGCUGAGUGAGGCCAGAGGCUCCCUGUCCCACCUGGAGGAGUCACGCAUUACCCUUGAGAAGGACAUAAACUGGAAGACCCACUCACUGUUCACUGACAGAGACAAGUGCAUGACUCACCGUAGACGAUACCCAACCAUCUCCACUCUGUCAGGAUACUGAAGACUGUGUGUGCGAAGACUCCGAGCGUUUGAGUGGAAUUUGUUUUGAUUUUACUAUUUUUUAAUUUAAAAUCCUUUUGUUGUGCUGUGUUGUAAGGAUCAUUGAGAUACUGAUAUUUGAUUGUAUUUCAAUUUAUGAACUGAUUAAAAACUGACAGCCAAUGACAAUGUGCCUCAAUCAUUUUCACAUCCCCUUAAGGCAAUGCAGAAGCUCCAGUAUCCCCUCAUUACUUCAUCUUUAUCUUAUUUAUCCUAUUUGUGUAAAGCUGUGCGUCAUACUGAGUGGUUAAUGACUCAUAACUUGAGUUAUGAGUUAUUCUGAGUGCCUGUCCAUUGGGUAAAACGUCUUCCUUUCUUCAUCCAAAGUGGUGCAUCACCCUGACUGACAAAUAACUACUUAUUUAUGACAAGUUAAUCAUUGAUAUUUAAUGACUGAUCCUUCCAUAAGUGUAUUAUGCAUUUUUGAUACAUCACAACUAUAUAUAACGAAAAGUUCAAGGAGACAUGAAUGUAAGUAAAUAAUAAUGAGUCUUACUUGUAAAUAUUUUAAUAUUUUUAAUAUUUACUUUUUAAAAUAUUUACAACAAGGUUGUAAAUAUUGCAUGGCACUUUCCAAAUAGAGCAAGUCUAGACCAUAUUCUUUAAUUUAGAUAAUCCAGCAUGAAAAAAAGUAAUGUACAGCACAGGUCAUGUGCUGAGUUUACUAUUUUUUAAGUUUAAAAUCCUUUUGUUGUGCUGUGUUGUAAGGAUCAUUGAGAUACUGAUAUUUGAUUGUAUUUCAAUUUAUGAAAUAAUUAAAAACUGAC